CUGAAACCUGCCCCACCCAGAUCACCUCCACUGUAUCGAUGGUCCUGCAGGUGGGGUGGGGUGGGGUAUCAGUGCGCACAAAAGGUCAUAGGGGGCGUGUCACCAGCGCGUGGUCUAUAAAGCAGCACGAAUAUAUGCAUCACAUGAGACUCUGUAGGAACCCCACGUUCACUGACAUCACUAAAUUCGGACUGUUAUUUUGAAACUUUUGUCAUUCGGAUUCCCCAUGAGGCGUCACGUGGACACUCUGCUAUGCGCGCUCUCGCUUGCGGUGGUGGUGUGCGCGCACGUGCGACUCAACUCCAUCCGGACGGUAAUCGUGCACAAGGUUCCUGGGGAGCUGACGCUUCGCCAGUGCAUAAGCGACCUGGAGUGCAGCGAGGGAAGCUACUGCCACGCCCCCUCAAAAGGCCCCACCCACUCCCGCUGCCAGACCUGCAGGAGGAGGAAGAGGCGUUGCCAUCGAGACGGGAUGUGUUGUCCUGGCAACCGCUGCAGCAACAGUGCGUGCGUGCCUGAAGGGGAAACAAUAGCCAGCGAUGGGGCGGUUCUGGACAAGCGCGACACGACCGCCUGGAUGAAGAAAUACAGGACAGUGUCUGGUAAAGGUCAAGCGGGUGACCCCUGCCUCGUCGCCUCCGACUGUUCUGACAGUCUGUGCUGCGCUCGCCACUUCUGGACGCGCUUCUGCAAGCCGGUCUUACGGGAGGGUCAGGUGUGUUCCCACCGCGGCAGGAAAAAGCGGCAGCGCGACCUGGAGCUCUUCCAGCGCUGCCCCUGCGGACGUGGACUCGCCUGCCACACCGGAGAUGACACCGCCCGGUCCUCGUCCACGCUGCUGAUGGCGGCAAAGUCCAAGUUUGCGGCACAUUCCCCCGUUGCGCCGCAGACCAGACUGCACGUGUGCCGCAGGAAGUGAUGUCAUUAGACUGUCACCUCCUGUUUGUCACUGGAAAUGGGAAUUGAUGUUAAUAUUUGCUACCUUUAACAGAGCUAAUGCUAAUGCCAAUGCAUGUCUGUAUGACACAAA